UUGCAGAGAAAAAAAGAGUAACUCCUAUGUUACGUAGCUAUUUAUAAAUAUUAAACUUCUAUAUAGAUUAAAAACAUAUAGCUAUAGCUACAGAAAAAUAGCGUCCGUAUCGUCAGCCAUACUUCACUUCAGGAAAUAACACCAUUUUUGUUUUGAAUUUUCGUCUGAGAGUAAAAAAAAAUACUAGCCGCGGUCAACAACUAAAACAAUCAAAUAAUAACUUUUGUGUAUUUUUAUUAUAGAGCGUAAGGCCACUUAAGCAGUAAAUAGUCCCCGGGGGUUAAAUUAACAAUGUGAUUGAAAAAUGAAAAAUGUGAGAGCAAAUUUAAUCACAUAAAAGAAAUUAGUGAUAUUUUGAAAUGUAGCUAAAGUAAGUAAAGAACAAACUUGUGAUUAACUAAGUUUUUCACAAAAUUAAAAAUUAUAAAUUCAGUUUUAAAAGCACCCAUAUACUAAUUGUUUUAAAAGUGUGGUCCUCUCCGCAGUCACACGGUCUACUUUCGAUUUCGCAGACAGGACAAACAAGAUCAAAUGAAAUAGCUACAAAGAAGACAGUUACAACAUAGAAUUCUUUGAAAGAUAAAAAGCUUCAUGCACCAAACCUCUUCGAAUGUUUGGCAUGAUUUGGCAUGACACAACAAAUUAGCAGGUUGUCAUCAAAUAUUUUGGUAGUGAGCGGAAAUUCUUAGAGCCCCCAGGGCUUCUUGUUCACAUUUGAUGCUAUCAUAUUUAAACUUCCUGACUUAUUGUGCAUUCAAUGUAGGAACAAUUGUAGACGGUAAAUGUUAUAACCAGUGCAGAUUUGUAGAGGUCUUUCUUGACACAUCUAAGUUUAUUCUGGACGACGAAAUAAAGUUUUUUUUAGUUAUUUAUUUAAAAUAAUGUUUUUACAGGAUGAACUAUUCAGUAUAACAUUAAUUUCUUUGGGUUCCAGAAUAAUAACACAAAUUGAUAGAAACAAUGUCUUUCUAUUGGAAUGAGUAGAUACAACACGUUCAGUAUUCGUAGACUAUUUAUGGAGAUUUUGGUGGAAUGGGUAGGUAUGAAGGUGCCUCCUUUGUGCUUCGUCAUAUGUACAAAUAUAUAAUGCAUACCCUGAGUGUCAGGAUAUGCAUUAUAGGUGUCUUUAUGCCCUGAGCGUCAUGUGCACGAGACAGAUGAGAUGCACUGAGCGUCAGAUGCAUCGACAUGUCCUGAGCGUCAGGCACAUACUAAUCAUGGUGUUUUCUUCCAUACCCUGAGUGUCAGGUCUAUGAUAGAUGCCCUGAGUGUCGGGGGCUUCAACAUGCCCUGAAUGUCAGGGGCUUCAACAUGCCCUAAAAGUCAGGGGCUUCAACAUGUCCUGAGCGUCAGAGGCUUUAACAUGCUAAUUACUGCUGUUUUUAUUCAUACCCUGAGCGUCAGGUGUAUGAAAGAUGCCCUGAGCGUCAGGGGCUUCAUCAUGCCCUUAGUGUCAGUCCUAUGUUUCUUAUUCACAUGAUGACUACACUAGAGAUGCCCUGAGCGUCAGCUGCAUCGACAUGUCCUGAGCGUCAGGCACAUGCUAAUUACUGGUGUAUUCUACAAUGUUUCUACAAUGACUUGUAUCAACACAUUACUUGCCUAAACGGCUGACGAAGGAGGCCCAACACACCCAAAUUUAACACCCAUACCAUAUUUUCUGGUAUAUAACCCACACAUUGUAUAACCCGCAGCUUAGCUUUUUUAGGGAGUUAUAAACUAGAUGCUAUCAGAUAGCCCACACCUUCAUAUAACCCGCAUAAAAUUUCAGUCAAUGUGUUUUACUUACCUGCACCUUUACAUAACCCGCAUCAUGUUAAGAAAAAAAUUCAGCGUAUUUUUACUUAACCUAAUCAUUUUAUGAGCAUGUGCGUGUGUUCUGUUUUUUUCAUGCUGUAGACAAGUGAAGGACGUUUAAACUUGUGAACCCAAAACACGAGAACCGAGUAUCUAAACUAGCCACUCUCUCAGUCUUAACUUCCUUGUCUCCGAUUGCCGAAAUAAUAAUGAAUUAAAAUUUAUUUGAGAGGUCAAUCUUCUGCUAAUGCCGACAGUACUAAAUCAGACAACACUGUUUUCUUUUUAUUUGUAGACAUUAGUUUCAGCCAAUAAUUGUUGUUCCCUGCGAUUAAACAAAAAAACAAAAAAAACCAUUCUAUCAGGUUAUAAACCUAAAGUAAAAUCUCUGUUUUUUAUGUAUAUUUAAGUUUUUUUCGCAUAAAAAUAAACAACAUAAUAAUUAUCACAUUAUUGUCUGUAACAGCGAUGUACGGAACAUUCUUUUCUAAUGUUUAUAGAAUUUUAUUAUCUAUUUAUAUCUCAGCAAUCACAGUGUGCAUGAUAAAAUGAAUGGUGGCAAUGAGGCGGAGAUAGUUGCAUGUGUCUUAUUAAUUGUAUUUUAUAUUUAUUUUUGAUAUUUUCAGUGGCCACCUGUUGCUCAAAGGUAGCGAAGAUGAAAAAGAAAAUUAUUAUCUAUACUUUAAUUUUCACAUUUUUCAAUAUUUUUAACAGGAAUGGAUAAUGAACUCCUGGGCACUAAGUUGUGAAAUACCUGUCAAUUAAACCUAAAAGUGAUACCUGCUAUAUUGCUCUAUUACCAGAAGCAAAUCAUUUUAAUGUGCUCAAUUUGAUUGCAAAGAUAUAAAUAGGUUAGAAUUACAUUCAACACAAAAGAAAAAUGAUCUCAAGAAUUGUGUUUCAGAGAGAGCUCGUAAUAUUAGCACUGGCGAGCAAUAGAGCAAUAGAAAGUUAAAGAAAUUUUACUGUUUGAAAAAAAUUAAAUCACGUAGUUGAAGUAAGAUUACAUAGAUAUAGGAUCGCGCAUGCAGUUAUAUUAAUGUAUGCAUUUUAUCCAGUUGGUACUAUUUUCUUCAUUGAAUGUAUAAACUUUAAAUUUCACAAUAAAUGACAGAAAAUAUAAAACUUAUCACAUAACUUGCACCACAUUAUACCUCGCACCAACGCUGGAAGUCGUAAAAAUUAACUUAUAACCAGCAGGUUUUAUACCGGAAAAUACGGUACAACUCUUCUCAAGUUUAAUUUUACAGUCUAAUUAUAAACAGGAGAUUGACAAUUGCUGAACCAUAUCAUUCCAUCUUUUUGUCACACGACUUAUUAUCAAUACUUACAUACAAUUUUGUUAAAAUAAGCACCAAAGGUGAAAUACCAACAUAAUAAAAUGUUUAAUAUACAUUUCCUUUUCUUUUAAAGACCCCCCCUUGUCACUAUGGAUGUUUCCCAAUAUAGGAUUCACGUAAAUGGAAAGCCUGACCAUAUUUAUACCUUCACUUACUUACAUCUAGAACCGUGUUUAAAAAUUUAUUUCCUGAUUUCCAAACACUUGGUGAUCUUAUUUAUAUGAUUGUAACAAAAUUGUGUGAUGAUUGCAAAAAAAAAUGUGUAUUUAUUAUUCUUAAAACGAGUGAACGUUAUAAAGUCAUAGCAAAAGCAUGAUAAAGUUAAUAUGCAUUCCCUUAAUUUUGAAGAAAACCUACUUGCAACCAUGGAUGUUUGCUAAUACAAAUAGAAUUACAAGGAAAGCCUGUCUAGUUUUAUACACAAAAUUUGCAUUUAACAUUGAUGUUUGUUAAUGUUACCCUAUUUAUUGUUUAGAUUAAGUCAUCUUGAAAGCUAAACUCCUUUUUAACAGCCUUUUUAACUUAAGAACCCUUCACAAUGGCAGGAUCUUUGACUUGUUUGCAGAUACUCAUUUUUGUGAGAAUUGUGUCUUUUGUGUUCCUUAACAAUUCAGCCUGGUAAUGUUUCUUAAAUGUUUCUUAAAGGGAACCCAAGGUAUAAAAUGAUGUUGGACUUAUAUUAUAGAGCUUGAAAAGUUACCUAAGAAGUCUUUUUAAAUUUAUUAAAAAGCUCUUUUUGUUCUCAAGAUAAAUAUCCAAAGCUUUUUAUCUGAUGCCUCUUGUGCAAUAUAAUCCAAUAUGUAGAUAGAAAGAUGAUGACUAGAUAGAUAGAUUUGGCUUCCCAACUGCUCAUAACUGUCAGGUACAUCUGAAGAACUUGUGCAGUGUGGGUUUUGGGUUCUUAUAUGCAACCAUUAAUAAUCAAGACCUGGGUAGGGUCCAGUUCUUUUACAGCAAGUGAGACUAAUAUCCCUGGCAACAUUUAAGAUCAGGUCUAUAGGUAGAAACCUCCACUGUGCCAGGCUCUACAUGACAUUCUCAGUGACUAAGGUGAACCUAAUGUAUAUCAACCACAAUGCUAAAAAAAUGUACUUAUGUCACCACAAUUAACAUGAGCAAAACUUGCAGUUUAGCUCCAUUAUAAAAAUACAUUUUUUACUGCUAUCGAUUAGGGUCUUGUUUGGAAAAAAUAAGAAAUAAAAAUAUAUAUGAUUAUAUAUAAAUAUCAACACUUUAAAAAAAGAAGCUAAAAAUGAACUAACUGACUGAAGGGAAAAAGAGAAAGUAUGCAUGCCAUAGAAGUCGUUAAAGUGGGUAAGAAAAAACUAAAACCACAAUAAAUUCUGAUAAAAAGUGAAAGCAAAUGACAAGGAUAUGAAAACAGUUAUAAAUUGUAAAAACAAAUAAGUUAAUGUAUGUAUGUUAAAAAUCAAAAAGAACCACUGAAAAUAAAGGAAAGCCUAGACAGCCAUGGAUUAAACACUGAGUAGAACAUGUCAAAAAAAGUUUGGAAAAAAUAAAUUACUUAAAAUGCUAAGAUAAUUUUCUGAAACUAGUUGUAUUACUAUCGUUUGAAAUGUCUUUUGGCAAGGUGUUAUAUAUUUUACUUGCCAUAAACUUAAAUGCAUGACAGCCAUAUUCUGUGGCAUAUGCAGGAAUAGCAUUGUAUUCGCAUUUCUGGUGCUAUGGCUGUGAUUCAUUAAUACAAAAUAGUCAUUAAGGUUCUCACAUAUAUACUUUCUAUACUUUUUCAUACUAGAAGACAACAGUUCUUUUUAUAGCAUUCUCGUCAAACAAAUGUUCAUGGAUGGUACAAAACAGUAUCAUCGGCGUAUUUGAUUAUUUCAGAAUGUUUCAAGUUGUCAGCAAGAUCGUUAAAAUACAACAAAAACAACAGCGGACCUAAAAUUGUUCCCUGGGGUACACCAACAGUGAGGUGCUCCUUCCUGAAAGUACACCAUUAUAGACAACAGACUGUUCAUAUCUAAACAAGUAGUCAGUGAACCAUAAAAGAUCACUUUCCCAUAUAUACCAUAAGCAGUAAGCUUUGACAAGAGUUUGCUAUGGCUUAACAUAUCGAAUGCUUUACUUAAAUCUAUGUGAACCGCUCCAACAAUUUCUCUAUCUACAUGAUGUCUUAUACUAUCAGUGAAAGACAUGGUUGCCAGAUUGGUGGAUCUUCCUGCUCUGAAACCAUAUUGAUUAUGAUGAAGGUUGUUCAUUUCAAGAUAAUUAAUCAAUUGACCAUGAACUAUUUUCUCAAUGAUUUUUGCUAUCGCUGGUUUUACAGAAUUAUGUCGAUAGUUGUCAAAAUUACAGUUUGGUCCACUUUUGUAUGAUUUUCGCUGUUUUCCAAGCUAAUGGAACCAUGACUGUAUCACAAAUGGAUACAGUCAUAAAGUCAUCACGCAAGUAGAAAAAAUAAAAUGAAGAGAAGAUGCAACGGAGACAACAAGGAAACAUCAGAGGAAUUUAUCGCAUCAGCAUUCCUACCCUUCGUACCAGGUACCAGCGAGAUCCUUCGUCGAGUUUUAAGGCAACACAACAUCAAAUGCAUUCUUACCUCUAAAGACACCCUAAGAAGCACUUUGUCUAAACCAAAAGACAAAAUAAACCUGGAAGAGCAAAACAAUGUUGUUUACGAAAUCCCGUGUAAAGAUUGUGAUGCAGUGUAUAUAGGCGAAACAAAAAGAAAGUUUAAGCAACGAGUACAAGAACAUAUGCGCGCAGUGAGAAACGGAGAUGUGAAGAAAAACGAAAUUGCGGACCACAGCUGGAGCAGAAGUCAUCAGUUUAAUUGGGAUGAGAAGAAAAUCAUUGACAGAGAAUCCAGAACAACGGCCAGGAAGAUUAAAGAAACCAUCAACAGUGUAGAACGUAACAAACACAUAAACAGCAUCUCGUAUCAACUUCCUGAGAUUUGGUUACCAGCCCUACAGAAGAAGUAGUUACCUACAUCCAGGUCCGAAAAUGUUAAUUACCGUAAUUAACUGUAAUUAUCAGCUCGUUUCUGAUUGGUUAAUUUUUAUGAAUUUCGAUCCUCUGCAAUUAUAUAAAUACAUGCGCAACAUCAUUUUACUUUGCCCGAUGAUGGGAGAAGGAUCUCCCGAAACGUCGCCUACUAAACUAUCAUGUUCAAGAAAUGAUAAACUUUCCACAGUAAUAUAAAUACUGAACAGACAAACCGAAAUAAUAUCUUCAAUAAUGGAACCAGUUUAUCACGUACGUUAAUGGAGUUUAUAUGUGUAUACGUUUAUAUAAAGAUUUCAUAAUUUUCAUUACAGUCUCGACGGAUACUAGUUAUAGCUUGAAACAAUUAGUCGUGCAACUUUUAAUUCUAAAGUGACAUUGCCAGGCAAAGUUAUGUAACGGCAUUGAUAAACAUUUUAGCGUCUUAAUAAUGAACAAGAAGCCUUGGGGGCUCUAAGAAUUUCCACUUGUUACCAAAAUAUUUGAUGAAACCUGCUAAUUCGUUGUGUUAUCGUGCCAAACAUUCGAAGAGGUUUGGUGCAUAAAGCUUUGAAGAUAAAGCACACAAAUGACAUAUCUUACAACAAACGCAAACAAAACGAAUCGUGUCAUAAUAAACUCACAUUUUAAAAGAAAUUGCUAACACAAAAUACAGCCUAUCAUUCAUGGUUGAAAGUCUUGCGAUUGAAACCUUUAUGGUCUUCAACUGCAUUUAGUUGACAAAAAACCAAAAUUUUGAUGUCACCAUCAUGUUCUGCAUACUUUUUUGGUUAACUGUGCCACAUUUUGUCAAAAAUAAAGUAGUUUUAAUUUUUGGACCAAUUUUGGCCUAAAAUGACAUUUAGGUGACAAAAAUCAAAAUUAUGAUGUCACCAUUAUGUUCAGCAUACUUUUUUGUUAACUGUGCCAAAUUUUGUCGAAAACAAAUACCAAUUUUGGCCUGAAACGUCAUUUAGAUGACUUCCCAGUACUUAGGGAGCUUGGGUAGGAAGUUUAAAUCUGUGACGUUGCAAUUGACCAUUUGGGUCAGGGUGAGUUAGUUAGUCAGUUAUACCAAUACUAUCCUCCUCUCAGAGGAGCGUGAAAACCCAGUGUCGAUUUUUUCUUAAAAAAAGCUCAGAAAGAAAAAAACGACGGUUUUAAAGAAUUUUCUACGCCUUUGGGCGUGGAAAUUCAAUGAGAAAAAUUGACUAAAAGCAUUCCAGAUUUGCUCAGGUUCGGAUGUUGAGCCAUUUUAAGUUAUCUGGAUUAUUUUCGUUUUCUUUCAUUAAGUUAUGAUGGCAGUCAGCUUUAGCUUUCCUGACAACGUUAUUCACAUGGUUACGCAUUUUAAUAAAGUCACAUUAAUUAUUCUUGGAUUGACUUUUCCUUGAUUUCCGAUACAGUUGAUCUCUUUUGUCCAUUUUACGUUUUAUGGUGUCAGUUAACCAAGGGCUUGGCUUCCCUUGUACUUUUUUGGUUGUAUUUGGAAUCAUUGGAUCAAUAGAUAUUUGCAUAAACUUUUUCAUGAUACUCCAUGCUUUGUCAGCGCUCGUUGAAUUAUAACCUUUAUCUAAGUCACUACAGAGUUUUUUAGGGUUCAUGUUCCUGCAUUUUAUUGUUUUGUGUUUAUAUUUGAUAUGAUUAAUUUUCCGGGUGCAGCCAACCAUGUCAUGAUCACUGUAUGAUGUAGGUAUUAAUAUUGAUUCUCUAAUAGAUAAUGGAUUAUUUGAUGCUAUUAUGUCAAUUAGUGUCUAUACGAGUAGCGCUUUUUAUGAGCUGUUUGAGACCAAAGACUUGUAGCGUAGCUUUUAUGUCGUAAUGAUUACCACUCUUCAAUUAACAUUAAAAUCUCCCAUAACAAUCAUCUCAUUGCAGUGUGUGUUUGCAUUUGAUAACGUCUCGUAAAAUAUUUCACAAAAGUUGUGAUGUAAGUAUGUUAAGUUAUCCUGGGGUCAGUAAACAAUACAAAUCAAAAAUGAUUUUGACUUUGGAGGCAUUAUUUCCAGCUACAGAGCUUCAAUUUCAUUAUUUUUAAGAUCUUCUCUUCUUUUCCAGUGUUCUCGAUUAACAAAAUUAAUUGGGAUGUAUGCUGCAACAGCGCCACCAAUACCUUUAGUUCGAUCUCUUCUUACAAAAGAAUAAUUAUUUAAUUUAAACAGCUCUGCCAGUUCGGUGAUGUUUGUAUGUUUGUUUCACUGAGGGUCAGCACAUCAAUAUUUUUAAAACUUGAACAAAGGUCUGUAAUGUUUAUAUUAUUCCAUAAUCCUCUUACGUUAUGACGAAAUAAGUGCAGUCCUUUCAGUGAUGUAAUUCUUUCUAGGUCAGGGUUCGAUCGGAGAUUACCAGGUCUCGGGCACUGCUCAAUAUCUCCACAAAGUAAAAGUAGUAUAUCAAAGUAUAAAUAUCUUGAGCGAGACUUGUAUCUGAACUUUCUGCUGUGAAGUCAUAAAGUUAACGUAAAGAAAUUCUCUCUUUUCUCUACUAUAUUUACAGUAUCAAAAUUUAAGCCCAGAAUAUAAGAAGAAGUGUAGCAUUUAUUUCUUCUUUAUCCCUAAUGAUAUUAUACCUAUCGCAGUUAUAGUUAAGAUAUUUAUAGCCAGCUGCAAGAGCAUGACCGUUUUCUUUGCAGCCAUUUUGAAUUGUUCGACCAUUUCCUGUCCGAGUUGUGCAAUGUCUGCUUUCUUUUAUUCUGCGCUAUUAUAUAAGAUUGUUAGUACUACAAAUAAACAGAAAACAAUACACAAAGGUUCUGUUUAAAAAAAGGAAACUGUUACUUGCUUGCACCAGUAAAUGUAUAAACUUUAAAUGUUACAAUAAAUGACAGAAAGUAUAGAACUAAUCAUAUAACCCGCACCAACAGUGAAAGUCGUAAGAAUUAACUUAUCCGCUGGUUAUAUACUGAAAAAUACAGUACACAACAGUAAAAAACACAAACUAGCUAACUUUAUACAAUAUCUUUUUUAACUUUUUUUAGAGAAGUUAAAUUAAACACUUAAUAACAUUAAUUUAACAUAAAUUUUAAGAACACUUAAUAACUUUAUUCAAAUUAGCAAAGUCAUUACAAUGCAGUUAUAACUUUAUAGCCAAAUAACUAAAAACUAGCUUUUUUCUACUGCUAUUUUUUUUAUUCAGAGAACUGAACUUGUAACUAGUCUGAGACAAUUUUAUCAUUAUUAUUGGUUACUGGAUAUUUUAGCUGUAGACUAUGCUGGUUUAGCACUAUUAUUACAACACUAGUCGAUAAAACCCGUGGGAAAAUCCACUUAGGCAGGAGAACAACGGAAAAAAAGGACCAUCACUUAAAUUUUGAUGACAUCCGCAAAAUGAUGAUGAGAUGAUGACAUCUCCAAAAGAAAUUUUAAUAACCUUGUUUUCACGUUGCCUCUAUUGUGUAAAGCUUAACUGCUGAUCAAGAAAAUGAAAUGUGUUUCUAAUGAGCGCUUAAUGAAAUUAAUCAGACGAUGUAAUCAUUACGCAUCUCAGCAACUUUUCCUUUUAACUUACAUCGGCGCGCGAUAAAUGCUGAGUUGCUGCGUUUAUACUACUCAACCUUUUUUUUUACACCAGAAAAUGUUAAAUCCUAACCUUUUAAGCAACUAAACGGUCAAUAUCACAGGUUUUUGAGUGCGUAAGGAUUAAAUCGAAAGAUCUUCAAUCAUUACGCAUUUUUUUUAUCCGUUGCACAGGUGCGUAAUAAAAAAAAUUGUUGUGCGCAAUCUAUAAAAAUCUGGCCUACGCAGUAGAUAUUAAUUGUUACGCACGUCAAAAAAUACAACUUUAAUGCAAAUUUAAUCUACAAUGUCAUAGUAUGUUAAACUCUGAUUUAUGGUUUUAGUUUGAAAUAAACUCACUCUUCUGCUAGGUGAUCCCAGUCCAAUUCUUUUCCGGUAUUUUUCCACUCCUCGUAUUUAGAAACAACUCCAACCGGUGUUUCGGGUAUUUCGUUCGAUUGAUUGGCCAAAUACCUAUAAACAAAUAAGGCGCAUGUUCAAAUCAGCAAGGACUGUAUUUAGUUUUUUGUCAAAACAUCCAAUAGGAGAUUAAUCUUUAUACCAGUUGAUCUUUCCAAAUAAAGCAAAGUUGAUUUACAAAAUCAGAUUGUGAUAACUGUUGUUUUGGGCCAAAUGUGUUUACUCUCUCUUGUAACACUUUCUCCCAGCGUCGUUUAAGCACACCAAAACAUGCCACAUCCAAAGGCUGCAUCAGGUCUGUUACGUGAGGUGGAAAUUUGAUAAUAACUAUAUUUUUUUCUAGGGCACGAUAGAUCACUUGAAUGAAUAUGUGGGUGAGAUGGCUAUCUAGCAGAAGCAAAAGAGGUUUUUCGGGGACAGUAUCGGCAAAAUAGUUAAACCAUUCCACAAAAACACCAGCAUCCAUCCACCCUAACAAGAAGAAGAAUCAAAUUGCAAUAAGUUAAGCAAGAGUAGCAAUGUUAUGUAUAAAUAAAUAGAAGCAAACCAUUUUCACCUGGUACAGAAUCAAGCUCAUGAAGGGCAUUUUGUACAUCUUCCUCUGACCAAGCAUUAGCCACCUUCUUUUGCACCUUACGACUACCUCCACGUCUCAUUUUUUUGUUUAAAAUUUUGCUGAAGAAGCUGAGAUAACCAAUCUGUUUGACUGCUACUUGAAAAAGAAAAAGUUUUUUAAGCGCCUAAGAAACAUGUGCUCUUUAAGCCCUAUGAUUGGAUGUCUAAAUUUAGGUUUUAGUUUCGGCCAAAAAAGAGUUAGGUUUUUUGUUUUAAGCUUUCGAACUAGCUCUUCUUCAUCAUUUAAAACAUGCGUAAUGAUUAAAAUAGUAACAUUCAUUAUCGGCACAAUUCAUUACGCAUACUAUUUUCACUACCCCGGGAAAUAUAAUCCAAAACAUAGUGUUAAACCCACGGCUUUACGAACUAGCCAAUAGCAAGCCGUAUUCUGAUUGUACUCACAUGCUUACAUGAAGCUGUAGCUGAAAAUUCAAACAUGGCGCAGUGAAGUUGAUAUUGGUGGUAUAUGAAGCACUCUAAGAGAUUUGUAGUUUUUUGUGCUUCUGUUAAAUAAUUAUUUGUUAUAUUUCAGAAUGAUAUAGGGCUAAAAUUGUAGUAUUUAUUGUAUUGUUUUUUUCUUUGUUUCAGAACUUUUAUAAGGAGAAAAUUGGCCUUUAAGUAACUGCGUAAUGAUUGCAUGUGCGUAAUGAUUACAUCAUCUGACUAUAUAAGGGUUUAAGCAAUACGUCAGCAAAGACCUGCGAAAAGACAACAAAAAGAUUUGUAUACCCGUUACCUUUAUUGUAUAGAUCUUGAAACGCUGAUGAAAAAAAUGUAUAGGAUUAUGCAUCAUCCUUCAAACCCUAAUAUCUUUGCAAACGGUUGCAAAGAUAUUAGGGUUUGAAGGUUUUUUUUAUGACGUCAUCAACCCAUCCAUUCCGAACUGGAUUUGGGGACCUAGGUUUAGGAAACUUACCCAAAUUGGUCCCAGGUAGUCCCUAGUUACCCACACAGGAGGUGAUGUCAGUUAUUUCCACUCGUUUCCAAUUUAUUUAGCCUUAAAUUUAAUCUUAAUAUACUUUCCUUUGACGUCGAUAUUGCUUUAACGUCAAAGUUUGCUAAUUUACAGAACAAAUUUAUAGGCGAUGUUUUAUAGACUUUAUCAAAGAAAUUUUAUCCACUUUGCAAAAGUCACAGAUAGACAGAACUGUCGUAUUAUUAUAGAAAUAAACUGUUUUGUCUAUCUAUACCUAGCAAUAUUACCUAAGGUGAAAAAUAUGGACCGAGCUUGCAAGGUCAAAAAGCUGACCGAGUGUAAUAUUUCUUGAAAGGGAUAGAUAAACAGUUUAUAUAGUAUUUAUUAACUGAUAGCUUCUUUGUUUGAGUUUGUAAUUGUGAAAAGGUCAUGAAAAUCAGGUGUUCAUAAAGAAAGAAAACAUUCAAUUCAACGUUCAUUGUAAUAAUUAUUGUAAUAAUAAAGGAGAAAACAAAAUAUUGGUAUAUCCAUAUAUAUAUAUUUGUAAGCGUUUUCUGAAGUUUAUUAUUUGUCAAAAUCUAUCACACAAAUUGAGGCUAUUUUGCUUGCAGUGAAUUUAAAAUCAUCAAGAUUCCUUGUUGUUCUUUUGGCAGAGUAAUACCCGGAUUUGGAUUUACUGUAAGUUGAUUUUUUAGUCUGUAUGUAGCCAGUUAUGUUACCAUUCUCUGGUGAAGUUGUAAGCCAGUGGUGAAGGCUGUAAGGCCAUCAGUACAGGAGAUUUCUCGUAUAAACUGUUUGCAAAUAACUAUCAGUUAAUAAAGUAUGAUUUUGUCCUUCUUUGUUUCAAUUUGGCAUUUGUCAUUAUAGAAAUAGUAUACCUCUCUCUCUGAAUAAAUUAAGUCAUGUUGGAAGCAAAUGUGUUACUGUUCAUAGCAUUCUUUAACAUCUAUGAUUGCUUGGAUGAAGUGUCAUGUAACUCGUCAACUCGUGUCAUUAAUGUAGAGGCUGGUGCAGUACAGUGCAACCAAGGAAACAGAACUAUCACAUGUCCCAAUCUAACAUCAGCCUUAUUACAAAAGAAUUUAAAUGGCACUUGUAUAAACUUACUUGAAUCACAAACUUUAAAUCAAACUAUCCCAUUACUUAAUGUACAUAACUUUGUUUUAAUUGGAAACAACUUUAAUUGUUCCUGCAAUCAUGAGAAUGCUUCUGUUGGAUUGUCAUUUGAAAACUCCUCCUCUAUUUCUAUUACCAAUAUAAUAUUUACUGGAUGCGGAGGAAUAUUCCCAUCAACAUCUUUAUCACCAGAAGAGACCAAUCAAAUACCUUAUAUAUCAACAGCUUUGCAUUUUAAAAGAACCACUCAGAUAUCUUUUAUUGGUGUAAAGAUUCUUAAUAGUUUUGGUUAUGGCAUUACAUUGUAUGAUUGUGGGAAGUUUUUAAAUUUCUUUGAAGUCAAGGUAAUGCAUAGUGGUAAAAUUAAUUAUUUUGUUGAGAAGGGUGUCAAACAUGGUGGAGGCGUAUACAUUGAGCAAAAAUCACACAAAGACACAAUCAUAAAUUUAACAAGUAUCAUCAAAUUUGAAAGAUGCAAUUUUUCAUUGAAUGCUGAAGGGGGUGACACAUCCAAUGGUCAAGGGGCUGGAAUUACAUUUACUUUCUUAGUUGGGAGCAGUAACAAUAAAAUAAAAAUUCUUAAUACAAUAUUUUUAUCUAACAAAGGAUUAUAUGGUGCUGCAUUACACAUAACAUUUGAAAAAUCAUCUUGUUUUAAUAGCUUUAUAAUUAAGAACUGUAGUUUCACUAAAAAUCAUGCUGUUUAUUCCGGUGGUGCAGUUCGUGUUGUUAGUCUGGGAGAAAGUUUACAAUUUAACAUUAUUCGUUUUAUAAAAACAAGUUUUAUUAAAAACAGUGCAAUUAUUGGAGGAGCUUUUUAUCAGUUUCAUAGAGCAUUAUUUACUUCUACUGUACUACAAAACCCGGAAUCAUUUUUUGUAUCGUGCAAUUUUUCUGGAAAUAUGGCUCUACUUGGAUCAGCAUGCUAUAUAGACAGUACUGAGGUGUCUUUCUGUAAUGUAAGUUUGACACACCAUACUACUCAUAGAAGGUAUUUUCAAAAAGCAUUUCAGGCCCUUGGUACUUUGUAUGCAUAUAGAAGUCACAUUAUAUUUUGUGGCACAAACAAUAUAUCAAACAAUUUUUACACAGGCGUUAUACUUGACUAUUCUUUUUUAAUUGUUAACGGAACAUUAACCUUUGUUGCUAAUAGUGGUGAAAAUGGAGGAGCAAUGGCAAUGUAUCAGCAUUCUAGGAUAUUUCUCUAUGAAUCAACAAGACUUGUAUAUCGUGAAAAUACUGCAAAAACAGGUGGUGCCAUAUUUGUAUCUGGACCUUGGUUACUAUCACCUGAAAUAGCUUCUUUGCAAGAAUAUCACUGCUUCAUCAACAAUGUUGCAAGACCUACUAAAUUGAAUGGGGCAGUUCGAUUUGUAAACAACACUGCAAAGGAGAAUGGCAAUGCCAUAUUUGCUACUACUAUAUCCUACUGUCCCAGUGAAAAAAGUAAUGAUACUAUACACAGAAUUAAAAAUUGGCCAAACAUGAAUUUUGACGAUGAUCAGGUUAUAUCAACUGACCCAGUUAGAAUUGUUGUGAAUUUAAAUGAAGAAAUGUGGCACAAUGUUUGGCCUGGUAAAGAAAUAACACCGACAAUCCAACUGAUAGAUGAAACAAACAAUUAUGUAAGCGGCAUUGUUGAUAUCGAUAUUGAACCAGAAGGUGUAAUAUCAUUAGCCAAUGAUUUCAAACGGUUUGUUGUUACAAAGGAAAUAGGAAAAAUUGAAUUAACUAUUUUAGCAAUUGCACAAAUCCCAAAUUUUAAUAUUAACAUUGGUACCCAAACUGGUACAGCCCCUCCAAUAAAAAUAAAUGUUAAGCUUGCCAAAUGUCCCUUUGGUUAUUUCUUCAAAAAUUCUACUAAAAGAUGUGUCUGCUAUUCUUAUAAAUCCACAGAUCGAGUGGUAACAGGAUGUAUUCAUGACCGUAUCUACGUACUUAGGCAUAUUUGGGUGAGUCCUGCUGGACUUGAAAGACCUUUAAUAUGUCCAUUUGAUUUUUGUGAUAGAAAAUGUAGUAAAAAAGACACUCUGUUUGAUGAUAUGGACGCUCUCUACAAUAAAAGUCACCAGUGCAGAAGUGGACGUGAUCAGUAUUCAAUAUUAUGUGGACGUUGUAAAGGCAAAACAUCAGUUGCAUUUGGUUCCAGUAAUUGUCUAGACUGCUCAAACAAACAGUAUAUUGCUUUUUUUAUUCUGUUGGGAAUAACCAUUUUUGUUGCUGGAUUUGUGUUUAUUGUGCUGUGGCUAAACUUCGAUUUGUUUGAUAAUUAUCUAAACAGUACAUUAUAUUUCUAUCAAGUAGCUCACUUGCUAAAAACACCAACACAAGAAUAUGAUGUAGUUAUGAAAGCGAUUUCCGGAAUUAUCAAUUUAAAUAUUAUUCAAAUAUACAACUUUAAAGGAAUUUGCUUCUUCGAUGGGUUUAAUGACAUGUACAAGAUGCUUUUUAAUUAUUUCUAUCCCUUUGUUGGAAUAACGAUUUUAGUGAUAGUUGUAGCAAUUGGGAAUUUCAAGAGAGAUUUCUACUUUAACAGAGUGCGCUGUUUUAGAGCUGUAGCAUUUUUAACAAUGUUAUCUUAUGGGAAUAUUACCAGAGUCACUUUUAACUUGUUAAAUAAAGCAGAUAUAGAUAGUUUCGACAAUGAAUAUACAACACGGUUGUAUAUUUAUGGCGAAGCUCGAUUUUUCAACGGUGAUCAUUAUCCUGUUGCAAUAUUUGCAAUACUUGUUCUUGUUAUUGUUGUCAUUGGAUUCCCAUUAUUGCUGAUGUUUUCAUCAUUACUUUUAUCGACAUCUUGCUGUGUUAAGUUCAAACCUAUAUAUGAUUCAUUCAGUUAUCCUUUCAAAGAAACUUUGGUUUGUCAGUUGUUCACAUCGUAUUAUUUUGUUUGUCGUUGUGUUAUGUUGGCAGUAUACGUAAUGACAGAUACUGAUCACAAGCAGUUACUAGUACUUGCAGUAAUAUGUAUUCACGUGUUAUUGAUAUUUUCAUUAGUGCAACCGUACAAGGAAGAACGAUUGAAUUAUUUUGACAUGAUUGUGCUAUGCAAUUUAGCUGCAAUUGGUGUGCUAACUAACGGCAGAAGAAAGUUAAGUGUUUUUGAUCCAAGUGAUAAAUUGUUAUAUCAUUUAAUUCAGUUCCUAAUGUGGCCACCGCUGGUAUGUUUUUUAAUUUGCUUGGUACAAAGGAAGAUUAAGUGUUCGAGUCUAAAGUCAAAAAUUUUAACACUUUCAGAGACGUUUGAGAUGGAACAAAGAAAAGGCUAUGAAGCUUUAUAGUAAUUAAAGCUGUCAGAGAUGUAUAUGGUGGUAGUGAGUGAUGAAUGUUAGACAUGAAUAUUAACCGUUGUAUAUAAACACGUUAGAUAUCCUUUUUAUUGGUUAUGGUUAUUUUCAACUUUGUAGUUGUUAGUUUUAGUAUUUAUUUUUAAAAGUUUUUAUUUAUUAUAAGCAUUUAAUUUACCAUGUUGAAGUUUUAAAUGUUUAUUUUUAUAGUGAAUUUUAAUUUUGAAAUUAUUUUUUUUACAUAAUAAUUUUUGUUAGAAUAUUUUGUAUUUACAUAUUUAACUAUUAAAAUUGUAAUACUGCACAUAGAAACAAAACAGAAGGAGAUACAACACGCAAAGAGAUCAUUUAAAUUUAUUCAAACUUCUAUUGGAAGUGGUGUUAUUUAAAACUAUGCCCGAUGCUUCACUGGCUAUACACACAUUUUUUAGAACUUGUGUGUUUGUUUACGUUUUUUAGCUUUUUAGUUUUGACGCAUUUUUAACAGAAUUUCAGGAAAUCUUGAUCCCCAUUAUGUGUCUGUCCUAUUAUUGUUUGCUGUGAGUUAUUGACAUUCUUUUCCAGGAAUAAAUAAAACUUAUCGUAAAGGUAAAAAAAACUGUACGAAUAUAUCUUAUCUUAUGAGGUACAGAUCACACGCUACAUUUUUAAACAUUUCAUCUAAAGCUACGCGUUUCCUUCUUUAAAACUAGAAAUAAAAAUUUAUAUAAAUAAGAAAGAAAAAUAUUUCUGUACUCUUCAAGCUCGCGUAAAAAAUUUCAUUGUUUUAUUGUUUGUUUUUUUCCCGUAUCCCAAAAAAUUUUUUUUAAUGUUAAAGACUUUUAUAAAGGUCCUUAUUACUGAUUGACGGUGCAAUGGUGAAACAACACUUGAAGAAACAGAUGUAUUUACGAACUUUAGUCAAAACGACUUGUAAGAUUUUUUUUUUCAUGUAUGUUUUGUCUCAGGAAGGAUGGUAAAUAAGGUAACCAAAAAAAUAUAGAAAUAAACAAAAUUUAUGCUCCGUUUUAAUGCGUUUUUUAUUUAUUUUUAUUUUUUCAUUAUUACCUUGGAUUCUAUAGAAGUGCCUGUUUUCAAAAAAUCAUACCUCUGUCCCCAAGCGCUAAAUCGAGGAUACGGGGUUCAGUUUAAAUACUUUACUUCAUACUUUCUUGCGAAUCAGAUGCAGUUUGUUUGCUAUUGAUGAAGGUGCAAACAUUAAAGUAUUUCUCACACCGUUGCGUAAAUUUGUGGCAAAAUUUUAUUUGGACACUGGGAUUUUUAUUUCAUAUAAUGUCAACAACAGCCUUCACAUGGAAUUAAUUAAUUAAUGUGUUCAAUUAAUUAAUUUUCAUCUGAUGAAUCCAUGUAAUGAAACAAGAUUCACUGCAAGGAGUAACUAAUCUUAAUUUUCUAAUAAAUUCAAUAAAGAAAUAGUUUGCUGAAGUCACACAGAUUAAUCAUUUCCAGAUUCAAUAUUAGAGGUGUAAUGAAUUCACCGUAAUUACCCAGAUUCACCAGAUUUAGAUUAAUUUAUUAUUAUUAUUAUUUAGACUUAUUAUUUUAUUCGGUCGUGUGAUUCAGGCUGAUGUUAAUGAAGUUUAGUGUUUGGUGACUUUAAUAUGCGAUUCCAUAAAUAGAAUUGUAUUUUUUAUUGUAUUUUUAUGGUAAAUGAAUUUAUUUUGGUUUACUA